AUGAGCCCGACUCUCAACAAUAUUGUGUCUUCCCUGCAGAGAAGUGGAACAUUUAUCAAUUCUUUAAUUGCUGCUUCGACUAUUGGUGGGCAACAGCUGUUCUCUUCUUUCACAUUCAAAUGUCCUUGCCAGGUUGGGAAAAAUUUCUACUAUGGUUCUGCUUUUCUACUCAUUCCAGCCUUGCUCCUUCUGGUUGCUGGCUAUGCCCUGAGAAGCCAGAUGUGGACAAUGAGCCGUGAAUACUGCUGCAGCUGUGCUCCUCCACGCCGGAGAAUCAGCCUCUUGGAGCGCAAGCUGGCUUGUCUUAGGUUCUUCAGCAUCACUGGGAGGGCACUUGUUGCUCCGUUAACAUGGCUGGCGGCAACCCUGCUGACAGGCACCUACUAUGAAUGUGCAGCAAGUGAAUUCGCAUCUGUGGACCAUUACGCAGUAUUUGACAAUGUCAGUGCCAGCAGACGGGAACAGAUCCUCGCUGGGUUUCCAUGUUGCAAAUCAACUCCAUCUGACAUGAUCCAAGUGAGAGAUGAAGUAGCUCUUCUGCACAGAUACCAGUCACAAAUGCUGGGCUGGAUUUUGAUCACCUUGGCAACCGUCGCUAUCCUAGUGUCCCGCUGCUUGGCGACGUGCUGCUCCCCCCUCCCCUCUCGGCAGCACUGGUACUGGACCAACCACCUCCGCAACGAGAGGGAGCUCUUUGAGCAAGCUGCAGAACAGCAUUCGCGGCUCCUCAUCACGAAGCGCAUACAGAAACUCUUUGGCUUCAUUCCUGGAAAGGAAGACGUCAAAUGCAUCCGCAUUCCUUCGUGUCAGGACUGGAAAGAGAUUUCAGCACCCAGUCUUCUCUGCAUGGGGGACGAUUUGCAAGGUCACUACAGCUUCCUUAGAGACAGGCUGGAUGAGGAGAGUGAGGAAAGCAAAUCUGAAGGCAUCGAAUUACGACCUUGAUUAUAGCACCUCUCACAGGUCAGGUUGCUUAACAGAUACUUUGAUGGAG